UUCACUUUGUUAGAGGUUUCUUCUGGUAGCGAACAUAAAAUAAAAAUUGAAAAAUAAAAGGAAACCAUUUCCACUGAAAACCAAAAUACACACACUCACACACAGUGACACCAGCUUACUCACACCACCAAGAGUGACUGUGAAAUUACUACAGACAACUAAACAGCAAAUUAAAGAAUACAACAACAAAAACAACAACAGCAACAGUAACAGUGACUGAAGUGAAAUUUUUUUUUGAAGUGAAACGAAAUUUCAUCGAAUGGAAAAUUAAAGCUCGUACUCAAAAUUUUUAUUUGGCGUAACAUGUAACAAAAACAAAACGAACAAGUUGACGAAAUUAUAAUUAAAACAAAAUACGAACGAACGAAUUAAUGAACGAACAACCAAAACAUAUCAGAUAAGUUGCCUGUGAAUAUAAUUUCUUAAUAACAACAAUAAGGAAAAGAGUAAAUAAAACAGCAAAAAAAGGAAAACAACAACAAAAAAGAAAAACAUAAAAAAAGUUUUAUUUGUAAUUUAACAUUGGCUUUGACUUGUCGGGCAAAUAAAGCAAACAAAAACAGAGAGAAACCCAUAAAAAUUGAAUGUGAAAUUAAUUGCAAAGAAUUAAGCCGCACAACCCCACACACACACCGAGACACCAGCUAGGCUGGCAAAGGAAUUGAAAAAGAGGCGAAAAGGCAGUUCAAAGGAAGUCUAAACAGACAUAAAACCGCAAUUUAUAAACUCCACAAACGAAUUCAGAGGAAAAGGAAAUUACGGCAGCAGUAGCAGCAGCGGCAACAAAGACACCAGCUUUUCCCCAAAACCCCAAGGAAAUCAUUGUGGGUGGAAGUGAGUCAGCCAGCCAAAAAGUCUGACGGAACGGGCUGUGAAAACACAUGCCAGUGAAGAAAAACAGAAAAUAACUUCAUUACCAAAUCAUUUGUAACGUCAUUUGUUGUGUAAACGCAUAUGUGUGUGUAUAUGUUCGUCAUUGUGUAAUUGUGUUAGUGUUUAAUGACGUGUGAUUCCACAACAUAAAGGUGUGGCUUGAAGAGCAAACAGAAAAAAAAAAAACAAAAAAGACGAAAUACCGCCAACAACGAAAUAGUGUUGACAAUUUUUGCAGUUCACAAUUUAUUUAUAGUUCAGUUGAAUUUAACAAAGGAAGCCAACACCACAGCCGCCACCACCCGACAAGUAUUCGCUUCAUUUCCUUUCUUUUGGUUGCAAAAUAAGUUAUUUUUAUCUGAACGGCCCUGCAAAAUAGCUUAACUAACAAAAAGGGUUCUCCAAGCGCAAAAACAACAAUCAAUUUGUUUUUGUUUAAAUUUAUUUUGUUUCUCAACUACCAUCUGUGAGGAAAAAAGAGCAACUCUCUACGCAACAUGUCGUCAUCAUCACCUUCGGCAUCAUCCUCCAUCCUGGUGCGACACUUAACAUGGCCAAUUUUUAUUGCAAUCCUGUUGGGUUCGUUCAAUGUCAAUGCCAUUGAUUUAAGCCGUCUCUAUGGCCAUAAUAUGGUGCAGAAACGUAGCGAUGCCUGCCAUCCCUAUGAACCCUUUAAGUGUCCCGGUGAUGGGAAUUGUAUUUCAAUUCAAUAUCUAUGCGAUGGUGCACCCGAUUGUUCUGAUGGCUAUGAUGAGGAUGCUAGAUUGUGUACUGCAGCCAAACGACCACCAGUAGAAGAGACCGCUUCAUUCUUGCAAAGUCUAUUGGCAUCACAUGGACCCAAUUACUUGGAAAAAUUGUUCGGUAGUAAGGCUCGCGAUGCUCUAUCCCCGCUGGGUGGUGUAGAGAAGGUGGCCAUUGCAUUGAGUGAAUCGCAAACGAUUGAAGAUUUCGGUGCGGCAUUGCAUUUAAUGAGAUCCGAUUUGGAGCACUUGCGAUCCGUCUUUAUGGCCGUGGAAAACGGCGACUUGGGCAUGCUGAAAUCGUUGGGCAUCAAAGACUCUGAACUGGGCGAUGUGAAGUUCUUUUUGGAGAAAUUGGUCAAUACAGGUUUCUUAGAUUGAGUAGCACCAGAUCCGGCUUCUGGAUUUUAUUAUGCACAUGCCCAGCCCAUCAAUCCAAGUUUUUAUUCAUAUUUAGGCACUCCCUAUGACAAUUACUAUUAAAUCGCAUGCGGUGUAUCGAGUAAUUGUUAUAUAGCAAGUGAUUAAAUAUCAAUAAAAACCGAACAUAAACAUUAUUACAGCAUUACAGAAUUUUCAUAGAAAAAAAAAUUGCAAAAAAAUCACAAAAAAAUAGAAAUUUUAUUUUGGGAA